AUGGAACUCACCUCGCCCAUUAACGCUACUAUAUACCCUGACUUUACGGUCAACAGCUCUGGGAGAGUCAGCGUACAUCCUUUUGAAGUAUCUAUCGCGGUCACGGGCGAGAUACCUUCUCACCUCAUUCGCAGCAACCUUCCUAUCUCUAUCUCAGUGUCUAUAGCUGAAGACCUCAGGCCCUUCACGAACCUGUCUUUACACGCACACUCACGGAAGGAUGAAGGCGCGGAAGAGGUUGGGCUUGAUGGCUCACCGUUUCCAUCCCACUCAGAAGGAGAGCUACCGGCAGAUGCUCAUGACUACGACCCGUCCCUCGACCGUGACAUCACAUUUAUCCCUCUCCCGUCGACCUUCAACCGCUUUGACCCGAACCACUGGGCUCGCCUUUCCGACAGCAUCCGUGACUUCGUCGUCACGCUCCGGCCUGACAGCGGGCUGAGGGCGUGGGGUACAGACAUUUUUUGGAUUUCUUGGGUCGGUGCUCACCUUAACUUCCCGCACGGGGAUUGGCCCAAGUGGGACGGUGACAUUGUACUCGAGGGCUCGUUCAUCGAGUCUUGGGUCACGGAUGCGUAUUCUCGCGGGCCUCGGUCGACUGCGGAGGAUACGUUGGAUGUGAUCUGGUCCGAGUUUUUGAGAUAUGCAUCACCAUUCGUUGGCGGCUCUAUCAUCUCUUCGCAUUUCUAA